AUGGACGUGAUUGAAGAACUUCAAUUAACGAUUAAGAACGUCACAGACUUAGUCACUAGAAAGGCUUUAACGCAGAUAUCUUGUCUAAUUGAAAAGGUUAUAAUAGGUAACUCACGUAAAAUUGAUCCAUUACUUCGAAUUGACUCGAACAAUGACUUAUUUUCAUUGAGGGAUUACAGUGUCUCCCAGCCACGUGUAGUCUUACAGAAUAUCCCCAAAGACACGUUUAUAGAGAGUGGGUUUUCUUUUAUAGAUAAGCGUCUGAAAACAUUAGAAGAGUGGAGUUCGAUGAAGAAAGGGUAUAGUGUUAUCUAUGACACAAAUACUUUUGGUGGGCAAUCCAAUAAGGAAUUCUUCUCGAAGAUUUACGGCAAAAAGAAUUUGUACUUCUUUGUUGGGACACAGAAAGGGCCGGUAUAUGGCGGGUAUUGUUCCAAAAACGUGACGGAACAUGGAGAACGAGUGAAAGACCCAAACUCUUUCAUUUUCAAAAUUACACAGAAAUCGAUGAAAAAGUUCAAUUUGAAGAAUGAAGAGUUCAAGUUGGACUGCGGACUCUAUGUCUGGAUUAACGGAAAUAAUUUGUUCCAAUUUGGGGAUUACUACGGAAAUAUUACCGUCGCUAAGACUGGCUUGAAUAGCAAAAUUGAAAGCUUGGGAGAAACUUUUGAGUGCGGAGAGUGCGAGUUCGACAAGACGGAAAAUCAUUUUAAAGUAAUGAGAAUUGUUGUCAUUCAAAUGGAGUAA